CUUUCGUUUUUUUUAAUAUACUUGUCAUAGGCUCGUUCUAGACCGUCGGAUUAUUCCUAUUGGUCGUAAUCCAACGGUCGUGAUCCAAUUUGAUUAGAAAGAGUCUCAUCGUCUCUCAACCACCAGAUUCUCUCUUUCUCGUCGUCCUCUCUACGACAUCGACCAAUAUACCAGAUCUUCUUCGAUCCGCCUCCGUCGCCGUUGCUUUCGUAAUUUUAUUCAGCCGCCGUCUCCAACUGUUUUUUUACCGUUUCUCGCCGGAGAAGUAGUUUGUGAUUGAGAUUUAUUAGGACAUUUAGGCGACCCGAUUAAUUCUAAAGAGAAGGUUUUGUCGACCUCCCACCGACACCGUUAGUGAAACUGGUGUCGUCAGAGGGGAUAAGUCUUUUUGAUUUGUGUAAUUGUGGGAUUAUACACUGUUUAUGACUAUACAUACGAGAUGGCUUCAGAAGGAAAAUUGUUAUUUGAUCUUAAUGAACUUCCUACAGAAGAUGAUGAUGGCAAUGAUAUUGUUGACUGCAAUCCGCCACAGAUGGCUAUCCCCAAUACCUCUGCCUUGCUUGCUACAUCAUCGAGCUCCCAAGAUAAUGUAAAUAGCCGAGUGUUCUCUCACGCGUCAACAGUUUCUGGUUUUCAGCCUUUUGUUCGUCCUAUAGCUGCUCAACAUACGGGUUCUCUUAAGGAAUCAUUUGAGGAAUCAAAGGUUGCAUCAUCUAUAGUUCCAAAUGAUGUUGGAGCACCUGAGAGAGAAGAAGGGGAGUGGACGGAGUCGGAGGUUCCUGCCAGUGAUAAUGUACAUAGUAGUUCUGAUUAUUAUACAGUUACAGAGAAAGAUAAUGGUACAGUAGGAUUAGAUAUCAACUCAAACUCGGCUCUUCAAAAGAGAAACGUCAAUCAUAUUUCAGAAAGCAGUGGUAAAGAUAGUGGAUCUAUUGAUAGUCCUCAAGAACAGGGUUUAACGGCCAGGCCGAGAGAAACUAAAGGAGUUGAAGCAAGUCAUGCAAUCAAGUGCGCAAAUACUACUGUCAAAAGAAAGAUGGAUCAUCACAAAGAGACCAUGUUGGGAAAGAAACGCCACAGGCAGACCAUGUUUCUCAACCUGGAAGAUGUUAAGCAAGCUGGUCCUAUUAAGACAACAACACCUAGAAGACAGAAUUUCCCACAACCUGUCGUCACACGCACAGUUAGAGAAUCUCGUGCAGGCCCUCCAACUGCUGAGCAAGGAGGCGGGAUUCCAGGGCCUGUUGUAUGCCGGGAUCAGAAACCAAUUGACUUUCCUAAUGGUGGCAUACAUCCAGAAACAUCUGAACCUAAGUUAGAAUCUAAUGGUGAAUCACAAUCCGGCUCGGCUGGUAAAACUAGGAGGAUGAAUGGGGAUGCAGGACCUUCUGCUGAGGGGACAUCGGCAUCUGUGUCAAGGCAGGGUUCAUGGAAGCAGCCAAUAAAUUCACGGCAGCUAAAGAGUGGUCAUUCGGCAAAUAGACAAGUUUCCUUGUGCAGUCAAACUUCUGCUGACUCGAAGUUUGGUAACAAGAAAUUUACUUCGUUCAAGAAGCAAGCCACAAAUAGUACCCAAUACCAAGAUACGUCCGUGGAGCGCCUUUUACGAGAGGUGACCAACGAAAAGUUCUGGCAUCGUCCAGAGGAUACUGAUCUCCAGAGUGUUCCUGAGCGGUUUGAAUCCAUGGAUGAGUAUGUUAGAGUGUUUGAACCUUUACUUUUCGAGGAGUGCCGAGCACAACUUUACAGUACAUGGGAAGAAUUGGCUGAGGCAAAUUCAUACAUGAAGGUCAGAAUAAAGUUCAUCGAAAGAAGAGAGAGAGGAUGGUAUGAUGUUAUACUUCUCUCAGUAAAUGAAUGUAAAUGGGCUUUCAAGGAGGGAGAUGUUGCUGUUCUAUCAAAUCCUGUGCCUGAAUCAGAAGGAGAGCAUGAUGAUGCUGGGCGUGUAGCUGGUACAGUUAGGAGAUAUAUACCGGUUGAUACUCGUGACCCUCAUGGAGCAAUUUUCCAUUUCUAUGUUGGAGAUACUUAUGACUCUGGCAGCAAGAUUGACGAUAAUCAUAUUUUACGGAAGCUUAAACCUAAGGAAAUCUGGCAUCUGACAGUGCUUGGUUCGAUUGCAACCACACAAAGGGAAUAUGUUGCUUUGCAUGCGUUUUCCCAGCUUAACCCACAGAUGCAAAAUGCAAUUCUCAGGCCUAGCCCAGAACAGUUUCCUAAUUACGGGGAGCAGACUCCUACAGUGCCCGAUUGUUUUACUCCGAGCUUUGCUGGCCAUUUACAUAGAAGCUUUAAUGCUCCUCAGUUAGCAGCAAUCCAUUGGGCCGCAAUGCAUACUGCAGCUGGUACGAGCAGUGGGGUAAAGAGGCAAGAUCCAUGGCCAUUUACUCUUGUUCAGGGCCCUCCAGGAACAGGCAAGACACACACAGUUUGGGGGAUGUUGAAUGUUAUCCAUUUGGUUCAGUAUCAGCAGUAUUACACUUCCUUGCUGAAGAAAUUAGCUCCUGAAAGUUAUAAACAAGUUAAUGAGAGCAGUUCGGAUAGUAUUGUGUCAGGGUCUAUUGAUGAAGUCCUACAAAACAUGGACCAGAAUCUAUUUCGUACACUGCCAAAACUGUGUGCUAAACCAAGGAUGCUCGUUUGUGCUCCUUCAAAUGCUGCGACCGACGAACUUCUCUCACGUGUCCUUGAUCGUGGUUUUAUUGAUGGGGAAAUGAGGGUUUAUCGCCCUGAUGUGGCUCGAGUAGGUGUGGAUACCCAAACAAGAGCUGCUCAAGCAGUUUCUGUGGAGCGAAGAAGUGACCAGCUACUAGCCAAGUCCCGUGAUGAAAUUCUAGGACACAUGCACAACCUUCGAGCACGAGAAGCUCAGCUAUCUCAAGAUAUUGCUGGACUGAAAAGGGAACUAACUGCUGCAGCUUUUGCUAACCGUUCUCAGGGAUCUGUUGGCGUUGACCCUGAUGUUCUUAUGGUUAGAGACCAGACAAGAGAUGCAAUGUUACAGCGUCUUUCUGCUGUUGUUGAAGCCAGAGAUAAAGAUCUUGUUGAAAUGUCUCGCCUUCUUAUUGUUGAGGGAAAGUUUCGUGCUGGUAAUAAUUUCAAUCUUGAAGAAGCUCGCGCAAGUCUUGAGGCAAGUUUUGCAAACGAGGCUGAAAUUGUUUUUACAACUGUAUCAAGCAGUGGCCGUAAACUAUUUUCUCGUCUUACACAUGGCUUCGAUAUGGUGGUCAUCGACGAGGCUGCCCAAGCUAGUGAGGUUGGAGUUCUUCCUCCCCUUGCGCUUGGUGCUGCACGAUGUGUACUUGUCGGUGAUCCUCAGCAGCUUCCUGCUACAGUUAUUAGCAAAGCCGCUGGGACCCUUUUAUACAGUAGAAGUCUCUUUGAAAGGUUUCAGCUAGCAGGUUGUCCAACUUUGUUGUUAACUGUUCAAUAUAGGAUGCAUCCUCAAAUACGCGAUUUCCCUUCAAGAUAUUUCUACCAAGGACGCCUCACGGACAGUGAAAGUGUUUCCACUGCUCCUGAUGAGAUUUACUACAAAGAUUCCGUCCUGAAGCCUUACCUUUUCUUUGAUAUUAGCCAUGGACGGGAAUCCCAUAGAGGUGGAUCGGUAUCUUAUGAGAACAUUGAUGAAGCUCGCUUCUGUGUUGGGGUGUACUUACAUCUUCAGAGAACUCUGAAGUCAUUGGGUGGGGGUAAAGUCUCUGUUGGGGUAAUUACCCCAUACAAACUGCAGCUGAAAUGCCUGAAAAUCGAGUUUGGAAAUGCUUUGGGCCAAGAUGAACUGAAAGAGAUUUAUAUCAAUACUGUAGACGCGUUUCAGGGUCAAGAACGUGAUGUCAUAAUCAUGUCAUGUGUUCGUGCUUCCAAUCACGGGGUUGGCUUCGUUGCUGAUAUCCGACGGAUGAAUGUUGCUCUCACCCGUGCGAAAAGGGCUUUAUGGGUGAUGGGAAAUGCAUCUGCUCUAAUGAAGUGUGAGGAUUGGGCAGCAUUGAUCACUGACGCCAAAGCAAGGAACUGUUUUAUGGAGAUGGAGUCUAUUCCCAAGGAUUUCCCGGUUCCAAAGGUACCUAGCUUUAUCCCAAAAGCACCUAAUGCUAGAGGUUUCAGAUCUGGUGGGCCAAGAACCAGAUCCGUCGAGAUGCACCCUGAACCCCGGUCAGGGACACCAUCAGAAGACGACGAGAAGCUGAGCACGACAACGUUGCCAAGAAAUGGAAAUUCUCGAAGGGAGAACUCAGUUGAUGAUUCUGAUCCGCCUGGGGACAGAUAUAGAGAUGCUUGGCAACAUGGGAUCCAAAGGAGGCAAAAUUUUGGACGGCCUUUAGGGAGAAGAGACUAAUUUAUAAAUUCCAACUGGUCUGAACUUCAUUCACUGGUGGAGAUAAUGUGUUACUUGAGAUCUCAGAGCAUCCGACCUAGCUUCACGGUUUCACAGGGUCAUCACCACGAAAGGGUGACUCGAAGUCAUGAACUGUCGAAAAGAGGAAUGCUUGAAAGCUGUGUACGUCAAAGGGUAACAUGCUCACCUGAUUUUUGCUGGCGAAAGAUGAUUCCUGCUAUUUCUUUCAAAGAACUGGCGCUCUUCUGCUCCCAGAUUGCAGACCUUCUUGAAGAAUCAUGUCUGGUUCUCUGUGCUUCAUUUAAAAUCUGAGAUGGACCAGUCAGAGACUAUACUAUAAAAUUCAAGGGUGAAUCCACUUGAAUGAAGUCAGAAGCUGCCGAUAAACGUAAGAGCUGGACUCAUUUACAGGAACUAUGAAGCAAUUCCUGCAUUGUCGAACACUGUCAUGCAGUGCAAAACAACAAAAGAAUGAUUAGUCGAUAGGUUCACACAGUCGUCGGAAAUGGCAUUCGAAGGUAGUGUAUAGCGAGUGGGGUUAGGAUGAUUGUUUAGUCUCUGCAAAAGUUCUUAAGAGUAUCACCAUACCACACUGACUAGUCCACUGUGUUAGCGUUUUGUACAUAAUCCCACCAUAUCUAUAAUUUAUGAAACUUGGUUCUUUUUUUCCUUCAUUCAAUUGUUUGUCGUAUAUUUUGUUAAUCGUAUCAAUGAAGAAUCAUAUAUUCUAUA